CUCCCUCUCCCACCUUUUAAAAGACACUCCCGUCAAACGUGUGUGGUUUGGUGAAAUAAAGAUUCGACACACACUCAAACCAUCUUAUCGACAUUUACAGAUUGGUCAUUUGGGCGGGCCCAUAUCAAUCAGUACUAUCAUUAUUCGGGGCCACGCGCAGCACAGGAAGAGAGAGAGAGUAAGAGAGAGAGCUCAGAAGACUGACCCUCCCUCCAUUCACAUUCCCAGGUUUUGGUCUCAAUUGAUUGGCUCUUGUCUGUCACCUCUCGACGGACUCCGAGCUCUCAAUCUCACUCUCAACAACAACGGAAGAGAAAUCUAUUUUGCGCUCUGCCAACUGUCGACACACUUCAAUACCGACUGAGAGGGCGUCUACGAGGAGGCAGCGAGAUAUUCGAGACCGACCGUCCGAGCACUCUUGCCUGGGCCGGCAAAGGCUCAUUCAUAUGUCCCUGAACCAAUAAACAAACGGCAACAUGACCACGCCAACACCCAUGAAGCAUACUCUUUCCCAGCAGGGGAGCGGAAGGACGCCUUCGCAGACACAGCAUGGAGCAGCAGCCACUCCUCCUGUAUCCACACCCUUUUCCAUGGCUCAUGCUGCUCUAUCCCCCCACGGUUCCCGUCUCUCGCCGCAGGCAGUCAAAAAGUCCCCGGCCAUUUCGGCGGCUGCCCUGCUAAACCAUCCUACCAGCACCAGCGCUGUCAGCUUUGAUAGUCCGUCUGCUGCCGCCGCAUUCAGCAAUUUGCAGCUGUCUGACCUGGAUUUCAAGAGCCUGGGUGGUCUAGCUGGCCUUCAGGUGGGGAGGAACACCGAGGAUGAAAAGGCCAAACGGCUAGAUGAAGUCAUCUCCAUCCUCAGCCAAAACCGCGGUUACGUCAGUGAGGCCGGCCUGGAGAGACUGGCCCAAAAGCUGGAACUCGACUGCAUGUGGGAUGAGCAUAUGGCCGGGGAGUCGAAGCGAACGCUAAUCAUAGCUGGUUCGGCCCUCGAGCUUCUCAUAGGCUUUACAGACAACAUUGUCCAGUCACUUACCUUGGCUUUCCCCGAGUCUUCUGAGAGCGUUAACAAGCACGCCGAAGAUGCAGGAAAAAUCCUUCUGGAGAACCUCAAGCUGCAGCCCGGCCAAAGCCCACUGACCAAGCAGCUCGAUAAGUUUUCGGUCAACUUUGAGCGUCUGGCCAUCUUGGAUAAGUUGAGCAUUGCCUCGGUACUUAAUCUGUACGAGGCUAUCGCCGGAGUCUUUGACAGCCUGAGUCGGCUACAUCAGUGGGAGCUACAAAAGGUUCGCGAGGAUGCGUCCCUUGCCGGACGGACUGAUGAGUAUCUUCGCAACAUCAUCCUCUGUAAUCGCAGCGGAACUCCUGCUAUGAACGCCCGGGGCAAAGUAGGCAUGAGAAUUGACUACUGGAAGAACAAGCAUCUUCAGCCCCCAACAAACCCACAGACAGCCGCCUAUGUUGAGAAGCACGAAAAGAUCUGGGGCAUUCUUGUCGGAUGUGCCCCCGUCAACAGGAAUCUCGAUGUGAAUGUCCAUCCCGUUCGGGUUUCUAACCAUUGGAUCUCCGAGAAUGUUGAGUUGCCCCAUAUUCCUGGAGAUCUACAAACGAGCCCUAUGGUACACUGGCUGGAGCCCGAAGAUACAAUCGUUCCCCCAGAUCCUGAAAAGGCUGGGGAUUCUCUCCUGGGCCCGCGCCUGCCCUCGGUCACUUUCAGCGCCACUUUUGAUCCUCCUAUCCAUAUUUCCUUUGGCCUUUGGGAGCAGCUUCGGAGUAUGGGCAUCGGAAUACCAGCCAUGGACGUAUCAAAGUCCUUUGACAACCUCGUGUUCCCCAUAGCACCCGGUGGCUACUACGAUCCAACAGAACCACGAGAGAUUCACCACACAAAGGACAUCAAUUACCAGUUACCAGGUUCACCAGCUUGGGUAUCGAGAAAACACGCCAAUUCACUCUACAUCUACAAACCAGUAUACGGCAAGACCUUGACCGAGGCCUCCUUCUCACACCCGCAGCACCUCAUCGCCAUGCUGCCCUACCUCAGGCAGUACGCCUUCCUCUCCACCCUCCUAGAAAACAGCUUCAAAGAGGACACGGGUCCGAAACGGACUCCUCCCCAAACCACCGCCCACCCAGACUCCUUUUCCACAAAGACCAGCACCAACCGCGACGAAUUCAACCGAUUCAUGAGCCUCUCCCCCACCCUCGUCAAACCUCCCAGUGACGAAGCCCCAACACCAAUGGACAUAUCCACCUCCAUGUCCAUUGACGCCAGCUCCCAACCCAACCACAGCGGCACCGUACCCAUGUCCAUCGACGGCGGCGCCUCCCAACACAUCUUCCCCUCCCAAGCCGCCCACUCCCAACCCACCUCCCACCUCUCCUCGAACAACAACAACAACCAAAACCACCAAGUCCCGCCCACCAGCAGCGGCGGCCCCAACAACCACAGUACCCUCACCCACACCUUCACCUCUGGCCCCGACCCAGAAGCAAUCAAAAUCGACAUCAACCUGACCAUGGUGCAUGCGCCCCGGCUGCAAAUCGCCUUCCCGUUCCGCGCCUCCGAGACCGCCAUUGUGGUGCUGGAGAUUCGCGAAAACGGGCAGGUGCACGUGGAAUCGCAGAACGUGCUGGACGAGCGGAACAGUGUGGCGCCGAAUGGACGGGAGAGGCGGGUGGAGGACUUGGGCAAGAUGUUGGAGACGGUGGAGGAUAUUGGGAAGUGGGUGGAGUUUGUGAGGACGAGGUGGGCUUAGGGUGUCCAAGGGCUGAGGGGGGUGAGAAGAUGGAGAUGGUUAUAGACAGAGAGAGAGGGAGACUAGAAAUGGGGAUGGAGAUGCGAGAUGGAGAAUGGAGAGGCAGAGGAAGAGGCAGAGGAAAACGGAGAAUGAAAAGGAAAUGGGGGGAAGUUAAGAAACGGAUCCAGGUUCUGAGAGAGCAGGAAUUCCGAUCCUCAUCUUGAAUUACGAAUUUCCGUGGAGAGGUACGGGAGAUUGUCAUCAUCCCCUUUUGUUGCCUAGUAGGAGUAGGAAGAGUCAAGUUCCUUCUUCGCAAGUGGCCAGCGACAAUGAGAAAAAGCGAUUAUUGUUUUCUUCGGCUAAACUUGCAGUUUCCGCUUCGUACGUACAGAUAGACACAGUCAAAAAGUUACAGGAGCCUAUAUUUAUCUGAGUGACGACGGGG